AUGGGAGUUGUCGUCAUCGAUGGAUCAACGGUACGAUCGUUCGUCGCCGACGAAGAACAGUUCAAAAAAAGCGUCGACGAUAGAUUCUCAUCUCUAGAUCUAAACAACGACGGCGUUUUAUCACGACCUGAGCUACGAAAAGCGUUCGAAUCGAUGAGGCUAUUGGAAUCGCACUUCGGUGUCGAUGUGGUGACUCCUCCGGACGAGUUAACGAAGCUAUACGAUUCGAUAUUCGAGAAAUUCGAUACGGAUCAGAGCGAUACGGUGGAUCUGGAGGAGUUUAGAUCGGAGAUGAAGAAGAUCGUGCUUGCGAUUGCCGAUGGGCUUGGUUCAAGUCCGAUUACGAUGGUUUUAGAUGAUGAUGAUGGUAAUUUUCUGAAAAAAGCUGCAGAUCUGGAAGCUUCGAAGCUUGAGAAGAAGGUUUAG